UCGAUCAGGACAGCCCAUAGGCGGGCUCACACUAAGUUUCGCUUCCCGCCACUGCUGCCAGCAGCAAGAACCAGCCAGACUGCACCCCGAGUCAUUGCUGCCUGCCUGCUACUCGGCUCGGCAGCAGGUACCCACCAUGGGCUCGCAGGCCCCACCGCCGGGUCCCGUGCAGACCCUUAUCUUCUUGGACCUGGAGGCCACUGGCCUGCCUUCCUCCCGGCCCAAGGUCACGGAGCUGUGCCUGCUAGCUGUCCACAGAUGUGCCCUGGAGAGCCCACCCACCCCUCAGGGGCAGCCUCCCACAGUGCCCUCGCCGCCCCGGGUGGUGGACAAGCUCUCUCUGUGCGUGGCUCCAGGGAAGGCCUGCAGCCCAGAAGCCAGUAAGAUCACGGGCCUCAGCACAGCUGUGCUGGCAGCACAUGGGCGUCAACGCUUCGAUGCCGACCUGGCCAACCUGCUCCAAGCCUUCCUGCAGCGCCAGCCACAGCCCUGGUGCCUCGUGGCACACAACGGCGACCGCUAUGACUUCCCCUUGCUCCAAGCAGAGCUGGCUUUACUAGGCCUUGCCAGUGUUCUGGACGGUGCCUUCUGUGUGGAUAGCAUUGCUGCCUUGAAGGCCCUGGAGCAGGCCAGCAGCCACUCGGAGCACGGCCCAAAGAAGAGCUACAGCCUGACCAGCAUCUACACACGCCUGUAUGGGCAGGCCCCGCCGGACUCCCACAUGGCUGAGGGGGACGUCCUAGCCCUGCUCAGCAUCUGUCAGUGGAGGCCACAGGACCUACUGCGCUGGGUGGAUGCUCACGCCAGACCCUUCAGCACUGUCAAGCCCAUGUAUGGGGUCGUAGCCUCUGCUGGAACCAAACCAGGACCAUCUGCCACCGCAGCCACUGUAUCCCUGACUAGAGCCGAGGACACUAGUCCUAAGCUUGGCAGGGGCAGGAAGCCCAAAGCCCUUCUUCCAAUGGAGGGCCCUGGAGCCUCACCCAGGGAGGGCUUGCUGGCCCCACUGGGCAUGCUGGCCUUCCUGACCUUGGCAAUAGCCACACUGUAUGGGCUGUCCCUGGCCACACCUGGGCAGUAGGCCAAGAAGGAAAGUCUGACUAAUAAAGACGCCCCCACAGCACUGAGUGGCCACUCACCUCUACCCUUGUUGGCAGCCUUAGAGCCUCCUGCACCUCUGCCCACACACUCAGGCACCUGGGGAGGGGGACACAGAGGGUGCCACAGUCUU